UUAGGAGGCUUUUCGAUGGGAGGAUGCAUGGCAAUGCAUUUAGCAUAUAGAAAUCAUCAAGAUGUGGCCGGAGUAUUUGCUCUUUCCAGUUUUCUGAAUAAAGCAUCUGCUGUUUACCAGGCUCUUCAAAAAGCUAAUGGUGUGCUUCCUGAAUUAUUUCAGUGUCAUGGGACUGCUGAUGAGUUGGUUCUUUAUUCAUGGGGCGAAGAAACAAACUCAAUGUUGCGGUCUUUAGGAGUAAACACACAGUUUCAUAGUUUUCCGGGUGUUUAUCAUGACCUAAGCAAAACUGAGCUAGAAAAACUAAAGUCAUGGAUUUUAAACAAGCUACCAGGAGACACUGGAAGACAAAAUGAAUCAAGGAUGACUUGUUAA